ACAGCAACUAGAGUAUGAAAAUGAAGUUUAACUAAAAUUUGCACAGAACAGCAGAUCGAAUGUGGCGUUGGACACGAGAUCUCGUGCGGACAAGUCCAUCCAGAAUCGCUGCACUCCCACAGCCUACUCUGAAAACCCUAGAUUCCCAGUACCGAUUCCACCGUUGGGCCUACCGGUCGGCCUCCCGGCCGAGUUUGUCGAUAUGGAGACGCAAGAAAGAGAUGGGCAAAGAAGGCCUGAUAGCGGCCAAAGAACUCAAGAGGCUCCGGUCCGACCCGGUCCGGUUUGAUCGGUUCAUGCGAUCCUCCGUUUCUCGACUCCUCCGAUCCGACCUUGUCUCCGUUCUCGCUGAGUUCCAGAGACAAGACCAGGUCUUCCUCUCUAUGAAGUUAUAUGAUGUGGUGCGAAAAGAAAUAUGGUACCGGCCAGAUAUGUACUUCUACAGGGACAUGCUAAUGAUGCUAGCAAGAAACAAAAAGGUGGAUGAAACAAAGCGGGUUUGGGAGGAUCUUAAGAGAGAGGAGGUUCUGUUUGAUCAGCAUACUUUUGGAGACAUUGUCAGGGCCUUCUUAGAUGGUGGAUUGCCAUCAGAGGCAAUGGACAUAUAUGAGGAAAUGAGGCGAUCUCCUGAUCCCCCAUUAUCUUUGCCCUAUCGAGUUAUAUUAAAAGGGCUCCUUCCAUACCCAGAAUUGAGGGAGAAGGUGAAGGAUGACUUCUUGGAGCUUUUCCCUGGUAUGAUUGUGUAUGACCCACCUGAAGAUUUGUUUGAAGAUGAAGAUGGCAGGACAGAGAGUGAAGAUGAUUGAACUCCGAUUCACUAGGAUUUGCAUCAUGACAUAUGUAUGGCCUUGAGGAGCUAACUAGGGUCAAGGGCUUUACAGUAGACACCUUAAUGGCUGAUGGAUUUUGCUCCUCAGAAAUGUUGUAAUAGCCAACUCAAGGAGAAUGAUCUUUGAGUCAGAAGCUUACUCAACCUUCAGGCAAGCAAGAAGUAAACUGCAUUCUCACUUGGAAGCGUGUCCAGUGGCCUGUGGCAAAUUUGAAAGAUUAGUUAUGGCAGUUUCUUGUUCAACACUUUUUAAAAUUCUAUAUGCUGGAUGUGUAGUAGGGAAAGGUUUCAAUUUUGGCAUCUUUAUUAUUAUUAUUAUUAUCAUUAUCUUUUAUUAUAAUCUGUUUAAUCUCCUUGUAAAUACUUCUCAAUUUCUGAUCGAGAUGACAAAUUUCAUUGCUUCUUAUGGAAUGAUUUUUUGUUGCUUUGUUGACA